AUGGCGAUCAUUCCGCGAUACUACUGCUACGGCUAUGACGACUGCUAUAGCUCAUCCUGGGACCGCUGGGGUCGUUGGGUAGCAUUUGGCGUCAUCGUGGGCUGCGCGCUCCUCCUCUUCUUUGCCUUUGCAUGCUUCAACGCCCGCCGCCGUCGCACCCACGGCCUCCGUCCAUACACUGGUACCGGAUGGAUGGCGCCGCCGCCCGGCAAUCCACCCCGGCAGCAGGCUUACCAGCAGCCUUACUAUGGCAAUGAUCCCUAUUACCCACAGCAACCGCCCCCUCAAUACUCUGCCAACCCUCAGAAUUACGGCUACUUCGGCGCCCAGAACGCUCCUGGCCAGCAACAGAAUGGCAUCGAGCUUCAGUCCCCGCCGAACGCGCAUGCUGCUGCUCCGCACAUGUACAGCCCUCCCCCUGGGCCUCCUCCCCCGAAAGCAUGA